AUGUGUUUUCUGCCUCGUUUACUGUUGCCAUGCCUAAUUAUUUUCGCAUCGAUUGCUGCAGCGACAUCGCAAAAUUUAAAGUAUCAACAAUUCAGUGCAGGUUGUGGCUCGCGCUCCGGUCGACGAGAACCACGCGCAACAACAGCCCCAUCAGCUACGGAAUCUGCGGCAAUGAAAGCCCAACAACCACGACAACUUGAGCGUACGCCUCGCAUAAUAGCAGGGUCGCCUACAAAGGAUGGCCAGUAUCCGUGGCAAGCAUCGCUUGAGCUGCUACAUCCGUCAAUGGGGUUUUUAGGCCACUGGUGUGGCGGUGUACUUAUUCAUCAAAAUUGGAUACUUUCCGCAGCGCAUUGCGUACACAAUGAUCUCUUCAACCUACCCAUACCACUGCUAUGGACGGUUGUGCUAGGUGAUCACAACCGGCUCGAAGAAUCUGGUUAUGAACAACGUGUUCCCGUCGAUAAGAUUAUUCUACACAAGCGCUACCACAACUUUCGUCACGACCUCGCACUCAUGAAACUCUCCACACCAGCCAACUUGGCUAGAAACUCCAACAUACGCAUCAUUUGCCUGCCCUUUGCAUACAAUGAGCAGUCUCUUUCGGACAUCGAUUUAUCAGGCAGUGAUGAGGAGAUCAUAGCUGAGGGCGAAUCAGAGGACCCCUUGGAACCAGGACUCGCCGGCGUGCCCGAUUUGAGUGACAAUUUCCUACGGAGCGUGCAAAAGGUGCGGCGCAAUCGAAAUGUAACCCUACCAAGCAUGCGCGAAUUGAUGAAUACGAAGAUACUGAGUCGAUUAAAGCAGACAGAUUUACAGCGACGAGGACGCGUGUUACGUGCAACGCGACGGCGAAAUGAUAAACUCAUGAAAGUACAGGGAAAUUAUCGCGAAUAUGAAGGUAUUCUAGACUCGCGCAAACACUAUUGGAAGAAUGGCGGAGAGUUGGAAGACUACAAAGAUUUGCCCUACAGUGAUUGUGUAGCGACGGGAUGGGGCAAGUCGAACGUGAGCAGUGAUUUGACGAAUGUGCUGCUUAAGACACGAGUGCCAUUGCAUAACAGUGACAGAUGCAGAGCGGCUUAUGGCAGUUUUGUGAAAAUCCACCGCGGUCACUUAUGCGCUGGCAAACUAAAUGGCAAGGGUGGUACUUGCGUGGGCGACUCAGGCGGACCGCUACAGUGUAAGCUUAGCAAAAAUGGUCCAUGGCUAUUGGCCGGAAUUACUUCGUUUGGCUCAGGUUGUGCCAUGGAAGGCUUCCCCGAUGUCUAUGUGCGUAUUUCGUACUAUAUGAAAUGGAUUCAGGAUACAAUAGCAAACGAAUAA